CUCAUUGGAAGUAUGCAUCUAAUGGACCUGAAGAAACCAUAUGAAUCCUUUAUAGAGUUGUCCAAGCAGUAUGGUCCAGUAUACACCCUCCAUUUAGGGAUGUCUAAGAUGAUUAUCCUGUGUGGAUAUGAUGCUGUAAAAGAAGCUCUAAUCAACUACGCAAAUGAAUUUGCUGACAGACCGAAAAGCCCGUUGUUUUAUAAGCUCCAAAAGGAUCACGGAGUCGUCUUUUCCAAUGGUGAAAGCUGGAAGGCCAUGAGAAGAUUCACUCUAUCAACUCUACGAGAUUAUGGAAUGGGGAAGAAAGGUAUAGAAGACAAGAUUAAUGAGGAAGCUGAAUGCUUAGUGCAAACCUUUAGAUCCUAUGGAGGGAAGCCUUUUGACAAUCGGACCAUCUUGAAUGCUGCCGUGGCUAAUAUAAUAGUUUUUGUGCUGCUAAAUCGCAGGUUUGAAUAUGAUGAUCCAACUUUGUUAAGCCUUAUGGACCUUACGACUGAAAAUAUUAGACUCAUGGGGACACCUAUGGCCAGGCUGUAUGACAUGUUCCCUACAUUGAUAGAUCCUCUACCAGGAAUCCACAACAAAAUUGCUGCAAACACUCAACAAUUGCAUGAUUUUAUGAGAGAAACAUUUACCAAGCAGAGGAUGGACCUGGAUGUAAAUCAUCAGAGAAAUCUUAUUGAUGCUUACUUGGCAAAACAGCAAGAGGAAAAGUCAGAAUCUACACUCUAUUUCCAUGAUGACAACUUAACUGCCCUGGUGGCCCAACUGUUUGGUGCUGGAAUGGAAACUACAUCCACCACUCUGACAUGGAGCCUCCUGAUCAUGAUUAAAUACCCAGAAAUCCAAAGUAAGAGAAAUAGUGGCUUUGCGUUUCUUCACAUUCUGUUAAUUACUUGA